UUUGUGAUAUUUUGAAAUGUCUGGUCGCGGCAAAGGCGGGAAGGGCCUGGGCAAAGGGGGCGCCAAGCGCCACCGCAAGGUGCUGCGGGACAACAUCCAGGGCAUCACCAAGCCGGCCAUCCGGCGCCUGGCCCGGCGCGGCGGCGUCAAGCGCAUCUCCGGCCUCAUCUACGAGGAGACCCGCGGGGUGCUGAAGGUGUUCCUGGAGAACGUGAUCCGGGACGCCGUCACCUACACCGAGCACGCCAAGCGCAAGACCGUCACCGCCAUGGACGUGGUCUACGCGCUCAAGCGCCAAGGGCGCACCCUCUACGGCUUCGGCGGCUGAGUGCUCGCGGCCUCCUUUCUCUGCACAAAGGCCCUUUUCAGGGCCCCCCA